GCCGGAUCACAGAAGGGACGCAGCCCACGUUAGGACACACUUAAGGGGACACGCGUGUCUUAUCCUCAUGUGAAAGCGUUCAGACUUCGUAGCUGGUUUCUUUUGUGCGUCGCGCUGUCGUUUCACCUAUGAAUCCAGAGUGAGGGCAGAAUAAUGCACACGCUCCCAAAGGCGACGCUGGCCUUAAACAGACUUGGCCGGGGUUUUAUCACGGAAAAACACGUGUCUGCUCUAAAAAUAAUUAGGCGAGGACUAGUGCAUGCAGAACCCGAGGACGACUUUAGUAAGAAUGAGGUUUAUGAUGUUAUCAUUUCCGGGGGCGGGAUGGUUGGAUCUGCAAUGGCAUGUUCCCUAGGCAUGGACCCUAAUUUGAUGGGCAAGAAGAUCCUGCUGCUUGAAGCAGGCAACAAGAAGGUGAUGGACAAAGUCCCGGAGAUGUACAGCACCAGAGUCAGCAGUAUCAGUCCAGGCUCCGCCACCCUCCUCAGUGGUAUUGGAGCAUGGGAGCACAUUACAAAGAUGAGAUACAAGCCUUAUAAAAGGAUGCAGGUCUGGGACGCCUGCUCCGAUGCCCUGAUCACGUUCGAUAAGGAGAACCUGCUGGACGAGAUGGCCUACAUCGUAGAGAACGACGUCGCAGUGGCCGCUCUCACUAAGCAGCUGGACAGUCUGUCUGACAACGUGCGGGUUAAGUACAGGUCCAGAGUGGUGAAGUACACAUGGCCCAUGCCCCACCACGCGGCAGACUCCGUCCCAUGGGUCCAGGUGACGUUGGCCAACGGAGAGACGCUCCAAGCGAAGCUGCUGAUCGGUGCUGACGGACCGAACUCGAUGGUUAGGCAAGAAUUAGGAAUCCCCACCGUGAAGUGGAACUAUGACCAGUCUGCGGUGGUCGCUGUGCUGCACCUUUUAGAGCCCACAGAGAACAAUGUCGCAUGGCAGAGGUUCCUCCCAACAGGACCUAUCGCAAUGCUACCGCUGUCGGACACGCUGAGCUCUCUGGUGUGGUCCACCAGUCACCAGCUUGCGGAGGAGCUGCUGGAGAUGGACGAGGAGCGCUUUGUCGACGCCAUCAACUCUGCCUUUUGGAAUAAUGAGAACCAGUCGGAGCUGAUUGACACGGCCGGCUCUCUGUUUCGAGGCGCCCUCGCAGCCAUCAUGCCGUCCACGGGCUCACCUCGACAGCUCCCUCCAAGCGUGGCGGGCGUCGGCCCGAAGUCUCGAGUGAUGUUCCCACUGGGCAUGGGUCACGCGUCAGAGUACAUCAGGCACCGCGUGGCUCUCAUCGGGGAUGCAGCCCACCGCGUCCAUCCUCUGGCGGGUCAGGGAGCCAACCUGGGCUUCGGGGAUGUGGCUUGCCUCACACAGCUCCUGAGCCAGGCGGCUUUUAACGGGAAGGACCUGGGAGCCAUCCAGCACUUAUUAGAGUAUGAAACUGAACGCCAGCGCCACAAUCUGCCCAUGAUGGCCGCUGUGGACCUCAUGAAACGCCUCUACUCCACUAACUCGGCUCCUGUGGUUCUCCUACGCACCUUUGGUCUGCAGGCCACCAACAUGAUCCCAACACUGAAAGAGCAGAUCAUGGCAUUCGCAAGCAAGUGAUGCCUGAGGGGCGCAGAGGUCUUGGAUCUCUGUACUAUUAGGAGCUUUGUAGGCUGCAAUCGUUGUGUAUGUAAAGUGAAUUAAACAAGAUUUAUUUUACACA